AUGGAAGUGGGCUUAAUAGGUACGCUUACCCUAACUCAACCAAUGUAAUAAUUGUUCAAUAAUCUACAGAUCCUUAAUGAAAGGAAUUUCUUAAAUUAGUUUAUUUUGAGUGGCUGAAGUGAAGAUGAAUGUGUUCCUAAUCCUAAAUUUCCUCACGUUGCCUGUAGGGCUGUUACUGCCAUAUUAGGCACCUUUUUUUCCCCAACAGGCUAAUAUGUUAGUCUUGGCUUGGCACCUUUUUCCCCCCAACAGGCUAAUAUGUUAGUCUUGGCUUGGCACCUUUUUUUCCCCAACAGGCUAAUAUGUUAGUCUUGGCUUGGCACCUUUUUUUCCCCCAACAGGCUAAUAUGUUAGUCUUGGCUUGGCACCUUUUUUUCCCCAACAGGCUAAUAUGUUAGUCUUGGCUUAACACCUUUUUUUCCCCAACAGGCUAAUAUGUUAGUCUUGGCUUGGCACCUUUUUUUCCCCAACAGGCUAAUAUGUUAGUCUUGGCUUGGCACCUUUUUUUCCCCAACAGGCUAAUAUGUUAGUCUUGGCUUGGCACCUUUUUUUCCCCAACAGGCUAAUAUGUUAGUCUUGGCUUGGCACCUUUUUUUUGCCUAACAUGAAGAUUUGGUAGAGGACAAAGCUCCAGAUCUAAAUCUGUUCCCCUUCUAAACCAAGUUGAUGAAAUCUCAAUGUUCUUGGUGAGUCCGCCGCUAUUAGCUGAGAAGAACUUGAUGUAUAGUUUCCUCAACUCCCUCACAAACUUGUGUUCUUGGUGCUGUACAGACAAUGUAGCGUUGAGGAGUUUCCCAAGAUCAUAUGUCGCUAACAGUAUAUUUAAUAGAGAGAUGCAUAGCCUAUGAUUCUCUUUGAAAGGCUCAUCCUCUGCCAUGUCUCGUCUUGAGAUGAAGUGAACUCCCCUACACUUUCCAUCACCUGUUUUGCUUUUGUAAUGUAGUUCUGUAAUAAAAUCCAAACCUUCCUGUCAAGUGAAUUUUUGACGUAGGCCGUACUCCCAUUGGUCAGGUGAUGUUACAACAUACUGAUCGGUGGCUCAGUGCACACGACGAGCAGAGCUAAACUCUUCACAGCCAUUUCAGAACACUGUUCUGCUAACCUACAACAUUCCAAUGUCAUGUGGGCUGUUCCAGCUUAUAGCCGAUUCCAUAGAAAAAAAUCUAAAUCAAAGGGGCUCAUCACACACAUGAUUCAGCUAGAAUGUAAGUUUUACUUUGCCAAGUAUUGGAUGAAAGCAAUCUCACCGUAACUAUCGGAGCACCAUAAUGCUGUUACGCUGCAUUAUGUUAAUAUAAUGCUAACUUUGAUCUGUCCACAGAUCCUACUUACUGUGUAUAUUAAAUGAUUUCCCCACUUAAGUGAAUGUCAAGUACAUACUCUUGUUUUAAAGGCUGGUCUCUUAACUGUUGCGGUUUCACUACCCAGCCUUCCCUUGCCCAUGGGCCUUUAUUUUGAUUAAUAGAAUUACAUGUCAGGAUUUUAUGAGCACAUUUGUAGGCCACGUCUCAUAUGUUGGGGGAAAAGUGGACCUCUCUCUCUUUUGCCCAUGCCAGUCCUAUAAUUCUGGAGUUUGCCCUGCUGACCCCAUGAGUAUGUUAAACAUUAGCAAACACCACUCACCUCUUUGGCAUCACUACCAAACCGGUACAGAGAGACAUUACUGCAACUGAGGGGUAGAAAGAAUGAGAGGGUGAACUAGAGGGGGAGAGAGAGGGAAUAAGUGAGCUACCAAAAGGAGUGUUAGGUAGAGGAGAGAGGAAGACUCUCUUUUUUUUUCUCGCGGACCUUGGGGGAUUUUGUCUGGAAACUGUCUUUAUUUUCUAAUUCAGAGGAAAUGGAUCCACAGACCCUUCUCUGAGUCGCUCAGGUCAGUGCUGCUGUGUUUUACCCAGUUUGACAAAGUCUGACUGACUUAUCAAUACUAUGUUUAUAGUCGUUUUAAGGAUUGCUUAUAGUUUCUGCCUAAUAGUGCCUAUGUGAGGUAUUCUAGCUUUUAUUUUAGGAGGUGAACACUGCAUUUUGAGCAGUUUCUUUGGAAGCAUAUCAUCUUUGUGCAUUUGACUAUUAAAUUAGCCUGUGUUCGAUGCCCGGUCAAUGAAUGUGUGAACACAAGCUGUCGACAAAAAAAGACCACACGGUGAGCACUGAGCACUCAUUGACAGCUCCACUCGGUGAAAGCUUAGUGAGCCCAUCUAAUACUUGAAUGUGAGUACCUAGCCUCUUGGGUUUUAAUGGGCAAGUUUAGUGUGACUCUUCAGGGAAAAGUGAUGGUGGCCAUAGUAAAAUCUAGCCUGGUCGGACUUUGAUGCCCCACAUUAGCUGUCAGUGUGUCAGUUCAGUUCAUGGACUGCGGCUGUCUGCUGGGCGUUUGCAUUGACACUUUGGUUCUAUACUUCAAUUCCGUAAUUGACAGAAUUCCAUUGAUCUUUGCGGGACCUCCUCUCAGCAGAUAAGUUGUCUCACUGAUGUUGAAAUCUGACUUGAAGAGACCCCACAUGGCUUUCCAGCGGAGGGGGCAUUGUUGUUCCCCACAGGAGGAUCACUUUAAUACAACAGGCCUAUAUUGAUGAUGAGCAGCUAUUUUGUUUACUAACAGUCUUAGCAAAUGUUAACAAACAAACAACUUUUGAAAGGGAUUAGCGAAAACAGCAAAAUACAAAUCUACUAGGCCCCAGUAUUUUGCGUUUUUGAAAUUCCUUCCCUUACAAAAUUGGCUAUUAUCCUAGUUCCGCUUUAAAUAACGGGUUCAGAAAUGCUGUGUCAUUUGUAAAGCCCAACCGAUAAAUCGGUUGACCGAUAUUAUCGGCGGAUUUUAGCCUUUACACAAAUAUUUCUGUGAAUCUGUCUUUAUUCCACUGAUAGUUUGAUCUUGUGAGAAGUGCAGUUUCAGGUUUACUUUGAGACCAAGUUCAAUUCAUUCAGCCCUUGUUUAUUAGUGUGCUUGUGGUUCUUCAGCACAAACGCUUUUGCAUUCUUAUCCGCUCCCAUAGAUGGACACAUCUUUUAAGUUGCACCUAGGAAGGUAAACUGAAGAAGUGUUGUAUUUACUUUAAUAUUUAUAGAGGAUAUAGUUGCUUUUUGGUGGUUAUCAUGUAAUCCACGAUAAAAUGUUCUUAAAUAAUGUUAAUUGUAAUAUUAGGUAAGAAAAAACCAUUUAGAGUUGUUUAAUCCUUUGGAGCACGAUUUGUAAAAAGAACUAAUUUAAUAAGUAUUUUUUAUUCCACCUCUAUCGGUGGAAUAAACAAACACUAUCGGCAGAUGUAAUCGGUGACUUUUGCCUCCCUAAAAUCGGUAUCGGCAUCGGACCCAAAAAUCCUAUUUCGGUCGGGCUCUAGUCAUUUGCCUUAUUUGGUUUUUACUUGUUAUUUUACACAUUGACAAUAUCCUGUUUCCCAGAUGUUUAAAUGUACAGUCGUGGUCAAAAGUUUUGAGAAUGACACAAAUACACAUUUUCACAAAGUCUGCUGCCUCAGUUUUGAUGAUGGCAAUUUGCAUAUACUCCAGAAUGUCAUGAAGAGUGAUCAGAUGAAUUGCAAUUAUUUGCAAAGUCCAUCUUUGCCAUGAAAAUGAACUUAAUCCCCAAAAAACAUUUCACUGCAUUUCAGCCCUGCCACAAAAGGACCAGCUGCCAUCAUGUCAGUGAUUCUCUCGUUAACACAGGUGAGAGUGUUGACCAGGACAAGGCUGGAGAUCACUCAGUCAUGCUGAUUGAGUUAGAAUAACAGACUGGAAGCUUUAAAAGGAGGGUGGUGCUUGAAAUCAUUGUUCUUCCUCUGUUAACCAUGGUUACCUGCAAGGAAACACAUGCCGUCAUCAUUGCUUUGCACAAAAAGGGCUUCACAGGCAAGGAUAUUGCUGCUAGUAAAAUUGCACCUAAAUCAACCAUUUAUCGGAUCAUCAAGAACUUCAAGGAGAGAGGUUCAAUUGUUGUGAAGAAGGCGUCAGGGCGCCCAAGAAAGUCCAGCAAGCACCAGGACCGUCUCCUAAAGUUCAUUCAGCUGCGGGAUCGGGGCACCACCAGUGCAGAGCUUGCUCAGGAAUGGCAGCAGGCAGGUGUGAGUGCAUCUGCACGCACAGGGAGGCGAAGACUUUUUGAGGAUGGCCUGGUGUCAAGAAGGGCAGCAAAGAAGCCACUUCUCUCCAGGAAAAACAUCAGGGACAGACUGAUAUUCUGCAAAAGGUACAGGGAUUGGACUGCUGAGGACUGGGGUAAAGUCAUUUUCUCUGAUGAAUCCCCUUUCCGAUAGUUUGGGGCAUCCGGAAAACACCUUGUCUGGAGAAGACAAGUUGAGCGCUACCAUCAGUCCUGUGUCAUGCCAACAGUAAAGCAUCCUGAGACCAUUCAUGUGUGGGGUUGCUUCUCAGCCAAGGGAGUGGGCUCACUCACAAUUUUGCCUAAGAACACAGCCAUGAAUAAAGAAUGGUACCAACACAUCCUCCGAGAGCAACUUCUCCCAACCAUCCAGGAACAGUUUGGUGACGACCAAUGCCUUUUCCAGCAUGAUGGAGCACCUUGCCAUAAGGCAAAAGUGAUAACUAAGUGGCUUGGGGAACAAAACAUUGAAAUGUUGGGUCCAUGGCCAGGAAACUCCCCAGACCUUCAUCCCAUUGAGAACUUGUGGUCGAUCCUCAAGAGGCGGGUGGACAAACAAAACCCCACAAAUUCUGACAAACUCCAAGCAUUGAUUAUGCAAGAAUGGGCUGCCAUCAGUCAGUAUGUGGCCCAGAAGUUAAUUGACAGCAUGCCAGGGCGGAUUGCAGAGGUCUUAAAAAAAGAAGGGUCAACACUGCAAAUAUUGACUCUUUGCAUAAACUUAAUGUAAUUGUCAAUAAAAGCCUUUGACACGUAUGGAAUGCUUGUAAUUAUACUUCAGUAUACCAUAGUAACAUCUGACAAAAAUAUCUCAUAACACUGAAGCAGCGAACUUUGUGAAGACCAAUACUACCAACUUUUGUACGACUGUACAGUACUUUUCUUUGCAUUACUCAGGGCUGUAGUACAUGCUUGUGCUCUUGUGCAGUUAUUUGACUAGUUUUUUCCGCAAGGUAGGAGGGUUUGCCACGUCUAAACCUUUGACCAGGUAUGUUAUUACUGCCCUGUGGGGAACAUACAAGUCAUCUCUCCUUUUUACCUUAUCGUUCUGCCCUCCAUUCUCUCUAAUUGUUAGUCAAAGCUGCCUGAGUAAGAUGGCUGACGUAUCAUUCUUACUAGGAGUAACAAAAUGGCUUGUUGCUCUAUAGGGGAGUUCAUCUCCCUCCAGCUCAUCACACUUUGAUGACCUGUCAGCCCGAUAGGCUAUACCGUUGGACAUGCCUCACGUUACUUUAAAUCUCAAAGGUUACAAGCCAGUCUGUUUUUGUUAACUGCGUUUUGCGCUUAUCGGGGAUAUAAGAGUUCAGGCAAUCAUUCCCACAGACAGGGAUUUCUUUGCUGUGUGGUAAUCUGAUUUUGUGUUUCUGUGUGUGUGGAUCCUCUGACUGUUGUUGCGCCUCUGAUGAACUUUGAACUACGGCCCUCUUGAUUGAGUCAAGGCAAAUGGAGGAUGGGCUGAAAGCAUAUUUUCGAGAGGGGACGGGUUGGGAGGUUAGAUUUUGUGUGGUCAACUAAUCUAAUUAGUGGUCACAAGAUGACACACCUUGACCCCAGUCUAAACAGAGAUACCAUACUUCAUCCUGUCCUUUUUCGGAGACCAUAAGCACUACAGUUCUCUUUUUAGUUUGCUCUUAAAUGUAUGUUAUCUAUUAAUGUAAUGACAGUCACUUACUGUUGAAGUAAAUAAAAGAUUGAUCAAAGGGAAAGUUAGCUUAGGUCCUAAUAAUACAUAGCUAGUAGAAUUCAGAUGUACAUUCCACCGUGGUUGAGAGAGGAGUGUGGACAGUCGUCAUAGUAAAGCACUGCACUACUCAGAACUGCUCAGCUCAGUUAUGCUGCUAUGCAAGUUUACGCUCCUGUUAUUCAUCCCUGCGAGGGAUUUGGGGCCCCCCAUACCACUCUAAACCACAAGUAGCUUUUUUCUCUCUCUCCCUUCUCACUUUUUUCAGCCUGCCAACAACAUGGCGGUCUAUUCAUUUCCAGCCAAUGCCGAAAACAAGGUCCAAAGUUCAGUCGCUGCAGCAGUGUGGAUCUGGGGCAAGGGAUUUUUUUUCCAGGGAUAAUGUUCUUUUUUUUAUUUUCAUUCUAUUGCUUUGAUGAGUAAGAGAAUAAUAUUAGUUAUCCAGGGCUGCUUAGGGAAGCCUGGUGAUUUCAUUAGCAUAUUAUCCGUUUGUACAGAUGGGCGUGUGUUGAACCCUGCUCACUGUGCCCAUCGUUAAACAACCAUGUCUCUGCUGCAGAAGUGCCCAGGAUUGAUGGCUGGGCCCGUAUGCCACCAUGCGCUUUUUCCCAGACGUGUCACGUGUGUGCAUCUCCCCCUUGUAUUACCCUCGCCUGCACUUAGCUCAGCAAGAAUAGGCCGCCCACCUGCUUUUUUUUGGCCCUUCAGCUCAAUUCUGCCCCUAUGAUUGUUGCUUCAAUAACAUGCACAACAAGUGAGGCGGCACACAAUGGUGCUGUGACCUGAUCUGUUUUUUAGCGUGUAACUAGGGUGCGGUUUCACCGACCAAUCAGAGCAAUGCGUCCAUGGGGGGCACGUUAGCCAAUCUGAACAUUGUGUGUGUAUUUUUCGGAAGGCCUGGGAAAGGCUUCGCCCCAUCGUUGGGUUUUAUGUCUGUGACUAAAUGCGACUCACAUGGCCCCUUUCCUAUGGCCCCUCAUCUUAAUGGUUUCUGGGUCGUUUGCUCAAUGUGCGAGCGUCCGGUUAGAUAACAUCAGCGCUUUCUUCCCUCUUUUUGAUGUUCUGUAGCUGUGCUGUAAUGUGGAGGUUGGAUGUUUCUCAGGUCAGGUCUGGAGUGACAAUAGGAACAACCUGUACUCUGUGUAGUGAUUGGUGACUAAACUAAUCAUCCUGAUUGAAUAGUGUAACAGUUUAGCCGAAUAGUUAGGUCCCUGAGUAGCAAACUCCAUUGCACAGCAUCGUAACAUUCAACCUAGCCCAGGGCUCCAGACUGCGACCAUUUAGUCGCAUUUUGAAGCAAGGAGAGGCAUAUUCUUGAUACCAUUUGAAAGGAAACACUGAGGUUUGUGGAAAUGUGAAAUUAAUGUAGGAGAAUAUAACACAUUAGAUCUGGUAAAAGAUAAUACAAACAAAAAAACACGUGUUUUCUAUUAUUUUUUUGUUCCAUCAUCUUUGAAAUGCAAGAGAGAGGCCACAAUAUAAUAUUGCAGUUUAGGCAGCAGUGUGUGCAAAGUUUCAGAUUGAUUCAGUGAAGCGUUGCAAUACUGGACUAUUUUGUAUCAAGUCUGCCCAAAUGUGCCGAAUUGGUCAAUUGCUAUAUUUUCAUGUACAUAACUAUAGAGAACAUACAGAAAUGAUAUGGUAAUACAAACUGUAAGUUUACACACUCCCAGGAAUGUCAUACAUAAUGGAUCAUUAGCUUAUACACCAACUUUCACACAUCUAGAUGGCUGUGCGGGGUGGGUGUGGAGCCAGAGACAGCAGGGGUUCAAACUGUAGAACCCAGUUCCUACAUUUGAAUAUAUAAAUUGUUUUUUUCAAACAAAACUGUGCUACAUUUUAUCUCUGGGACCCUCAGGAUGACAAAUCAGAGCAAGAUUAAUCAAUGUAAGUACAUUUACCUUCAGAGGUGAAUGUAUCAAACCAGUUGCCGUGAUACGUUUUUUGUUGUUGUGCACUUUCUUCAAACAAUAGCAUGUUUUUUUUUCACUGUAAUAGCUACUGUAAAUUGGACAGUGCACUUAGAUUAACAAGAAUUUAAGCUUUCUGCCCAUAUAAGACAUGUCUAUGUCCUGGAAAGUUUACUGUUACAACAGUCAUGCUAAUCACAUUAGCGCAUGUUAGGUCAACCGUCCUGUAUACGGGACACCAAUCCCGUCGAGGUUUAAGGCUCUACUGGAGGAUGGUUGGCCACCCUGAGUAGCCUAUAAAAUAUUGCAACAUCACAAUUACAACCAAAUACUUUUUUUCUUUAUAAAAUAAUUCCCCCCAGGGCUUGAAAUUAAGGGCGUCCCGUCGUCCCUGGGACGAGUAUAAAAAAAUAAAAAAGAUGCCUAAGACCGCUCAAAACGCACUCUGGGACAGUUCUGGGAUGACAGAUCCCAAAAUCGUACAACAACUCCACAUCAACAUAUUUUAAAGCAAUGAGGCUGACUCAACAGAUCAGAACAUUUAGCUUAAAAUGUUGACAGUUGUCAAAAGCUCACCACACUUGUGAGCGGUUUCAUGUGAUGGAGAUAAAUAUCUGUUCGAAAUAAAGAGGGGAGAUCUAAAGAUGCGUCAACUAGCAUGGGUUACUAAUAUGACUAGGAAUGUGCCUUUGGCUGCUGGAAUAUAAAGUAACAUUGAUUUGAAAACCUAUAGAACAUGAGCGAAAUUUCAAUGACAUGAGGUGUUUAUUUUAGAAAAUGACCCUCAACAUGUCUAUAGUCAUAUUUUGGCUAGGCUACUUUUGAAAUAAGGUAAGACGUGCUUCAUAAAAUUACAUAAAACGUCCAGGUUUUAAACAAUUACGUUUAUGGUUAAAGUUUCAAAAUGCUGACUGCCACCUCUCAGAUUCCAGGUGGGUGAUGUGCGGUGCGCAAAAGGCGCUUUCCUUCACUCUCCGGUCUCGUGACCAUUUUUGAUCUGAACGAAACGUGCCUCGAGUAUGUUGACAGAAUCUUUCCUUUUAGACGUUAAUGUUCAUUAUAUUUGUCAAACAUGACUGGCGUUUAGCCUAUAUUUAUGUAAUUAAAAGUCUCAUUUAAAGUUUGGCUACAUUUUCUGGUGCCUCAUGUCUGCAUCGGUUUUGGACAUUCCGUUCGGACAACUUCAAUCUAUAUUCUUGUCUGAUAUUUUUUAAAAACUUGUCCCGGACCAGCAUUAAUGUCGAGCCCUGGGCGUCUAAAACCUUGAUUUGGUCAAACAGUACGCGCAAAUGAAAGUGCAUUGAUUCCUGCCGUGAAAGUGCCUGCCCCUGACAGUGCCUGCUGUGAUGAGAGAGCUCCUCGCAUUGCCUCUCCCUCCCCUGUGCGAUGUAUUUAGAGGGAGAGAAAUGCAUUCUGAUUGCAACAUUUCGAAAUGCAAUCGUGGGAAAAACUGUUUUUAUAUGCUGUUUUGAGAGAGGAGUGUCUCUGCUUUCUGUGAGUAUGACACUUUAUUUCUCAACUCUCAAUAUUGUGCCAAUGACACAGUUUUAAAAACUGCUAUCUUUGAGAUGUAGAGCGUGCAAAUGUAUUUUUUGGAUAUUACUGCUAGAUUAAUCAACUACACAGCUAACUAUCAGCAAUAUUUACAGUUAGCAAUCUAGCUAAUGUGUUUUCAGUUUCCACUUCCUCAGGUCUUGAAUUAUCCACAAAUGAAUUAGCCUAUUAGCUAGUGCUCAAAAACAUUACGGCAAAUGGAUCUCUAUUGAGCAAAAACAAUCAAUCUCAAUUCUGGAGCCCUAUUUUGAAAGUAGAAUAUAUCAACAAUAACCUAAUUGUCAACCAAACAUUUAUUAAAAUCACUCGUUUAGGUUGCACAUCCAAAUUACUUGAAUCAUGCAUUCCUGCUUGGACAUGUUUGAUAAAACAUUUUUUAUCAUGCCAUCUCAGUAGUCUAUUUUUCAACAACAAAAAAUCUCACUGAAUGCCUUUAUAAGGUGAUUACUAAUUAAUGGGCUGGUGCCACCAACUGAGAAAGUUAGUCUGGAGCCCUGACCUUUCUUUUUAUUAUCCUCUCGGUGUGAGACUCCAGGCAGGCCGUCUUUCACGGUCAGAGGUCUGUUGUGGAACAUCAGAUUUGUGAUGGCAAGAACUCACAAAGAGAAGACUGGCACUGUACUACUUGUUAGUGGAUGGGGUGUGUCAAGAGACCAGAGGACAUAGAUGCAGUCAAAGCAGGGUGGAGGAUCCAUGUUUCAUCUCCUGACCUGCAUAGAUUAUAUGAAACUAGCUUAAUAUUGUUGCUUUAUUGCGCUUGUUCCAUUUGUUAACAUAAGAGCCCACAUCCAGUGAAAUAGCAUACAUUGCUGCAUCACGUGUUGAUACAGUUGGAUGUUUACUGGGUGUUAAGCAUCUGCUCAAGGACUAAAUGGCAUUGACCUGACUGAGAUUUGUGUUCAUGCUCUAUUCAUUACACAGCACUGUUGGCAGGUGGAUCAUGUUUAGAAAGAAAGCGAUUUUCCCCAUGUUGUGGCGAGUUCAGAGAAUUGUUUUAUUGGACAACCGGCACUAUCCAUGUCAAAAUUACAAUUUAACCAAGCUACAAGGCAAGCUAACAAAAAUACAACAGAUGUUGAAAGUGCACACACACUGACAUUGACCCAGCACUAUUAGGAAUGUUAGUCCUAGUUUCCAUUCAGCUCUGUGUUUGGGGAGGGAUGGUGCUUAAAAGCCUGUGUUUCAAUGAUUGGCACAAUGAUGGGGAAGCUCUGGCCCAAUCCUAAAUCGACCCCUAAGACCUACUCCCUAUGCACUUGUGGAGAUCUGAGUGGAUUUGACAGGUGUAAGCAAUAUGGUAAUAGUUCCUUUUGCCCUCUGAUUUGCUAGGGUGUAGGGGCUUAGGGGUUGAUUUUGGGAUUGGGCCUCUAUCUCAUAUGAGACUGGCAAGUGGCAACACUGGACUAGUCUACCAUUGGGGCAGCCUGACUUUAUAUUAGGCACCUCGGUCUCUAUGCAACUAUUUGCCAGUCAGAGUAACAACCUAAUGAUUGCUUCCAGGAAUAGAGGGGGACUUGCUUCGCCAGUCCGCAUUAUGUUUCAGCUUCUAGCUAAAGAAAAACAACUUGUUUCUGCUCUGGCCCUGUGGUGAGCCAUGGACGAAAACACUAAAUGGUCAAACCAACCAGUGUCUUUGUCAUCAGAGAAACAGAUGACAGCUGUUCAAUUAUUCACAUCUUGGCUAAACCUUGUUGAUUUCUCUAGUGCAACGAUGAAUAAUGUUAUGGCCUGUGGUUGGACUAUUUUGAUUAUAGUGUGUAGCCCAUGUUUAUCAAUCAACAUCCUGCGUCUGCGUUAUUGAAUCCCCAUACAAAUACAGUGCGUUCGGAAAGUAUUCAGACCCCUAGAGUUUUUACACAUUUUGUUACGUUAGCCUUAUUCUAAAAUUGAUUAAAUCGUUUUUUCCCCCUCAUCAAUCUAUACACAAUACCCCAUAAUGACAAAGCAAAAACAGGUUUUUAGAAAUUGUUGCAAAUGUGUAAAAAAAGAAACUGAAAUAUCACAUUUACGUGAGUAUUCAGACCCUUUACUCAUUUUUACAUUUACAUUUUAGUCAUUUAGCAGACGCUCUUAUCCAGAGCGACUUACAGUUAGUGAGUGCAUACAUUUAUUAUUUUUUACUCAGUACUUUGUUGAAGCACCUUUGGCAGCGAUUAGAGCCUCGUCUUCUUGGGUAUUACGCUACAAGCUUGGCACACCUGCAUUUGGGGAGUUUCUCACAUUCUUCUCUGCAGAUCCUCUCAAGCUCGGUCAGGUUGGAUGGGGAGCGUCGCUGCACAGCUAUUUUCAGAUCUCUCCAGAGAUGUUCGAUCAGGUUCAAGUCCGGGCUCUGGCUGGGCCACUCAAGGACAUUUAGAGACUUGUCCCAAAGCCACUCCUGCGUUGUCAUGGCUGUGUGCUUAGGGUCGUAGUCCUGUUGGAAGGGGAACCUUCACCCCAGUCUGAGGUCCUGAGUGCUCUGGAGCAGGUUUUCAUCAAUGAUCUUUCUGUACUUUGCUCCGUUCAUUUUUCCCUCGAUCCUGACUAGUCUCCCAGUCCCUGCCGCUGAAAUGCUGCCACCACCAUGCUUCACCGUAGGGAUGGUGCCAGGUUUCCUCUGUGAUGUUUGGCAUUCAGGCCAAAGAGUUCAAUCUUGGUUUCAUCAGACCAGAUAAUCUUGUUUCUCAUGGCCUUUGGGUGGCUUUUGGCAAACUCAAAUAUAUAGCAAAGGGCCUGAAUACUUAUGUAAAUAAGGUAUUUCUGUUUUUAAUCUUUAAUACAUUUUGCUAAAACCUGUUUUUGCUUUCUCAUUAUGGGGUAUUGUGUGUAGAUAGAUUAUUCAAUUUUAGACGAAUGCUGUAACGUAACAAAAUGUGGAAAAAGUCAAAUAGUCCGAAUGGUUUCCGAAUGCACUGUAUGUACACGCCCCUGUUACACAUGGGUCAUUACUUGCUAAAUAAGAAUGUAUUAUUACUGUUUUUCAGUCUAAUGGUUCAGAAUUUGCUAGUACUAUGUAUUGAGAAAUGGCAUGUCCUUGUUUUCUAUGUGUAUGGGGGUUAUUGGUGUCUGGCAUUUUGACGGGAAUGCCUAAUCAGUAGGGCUGGGUAACCUAUAUGAAAUUAAUUCAAAUCUAUGUUUUUGCGCGAUAUUCCAAAUGCCUGUAUCGCAAUAAUUUGUAUUUGUUAAAUUUUUUAUUGAGCAUUUUAUGUCCACUUGUUCUCAAGCUGUCUUUUUGGUCUCAUCUCCUAUGCUCUUUCUGUGCUUCCCAUUUACACCAGAGAUCCUCUGUAGCUCAGCUGGUAGAGCACGGCGCUUGUAACGCCAAGGUAGUGGGUUCGAUCCUCGGGACCACCCAUACACAAAAAUGUAUGCACGCAUGACUGUAAGUCGCUUUGGAUAAAAGCGUCUGCUAAAUGGCAUAUUAUAUUAUUAUUAUAUAAUGACGAGAUUCACAUGUCUCCGCCCUAACAAUGGGAGUCGUUGUCCCAAAGGCGGGAAGGCAGGCGACAAGUUUAGUUAGGCCCAAAAUAAGCUCAUAGAGACGCAUUGGGCUAAUGUUGGACAGAUUUUUAGCACUUUGCCUCUUCCUCUGUGGUUUACACACAAACCAAGCCCUUCCCCCUACCACUCAAAACAACAAAGAUUAGAGAUCACUUCUUCGUCUCUGACACGCUGUUUAAACUAUUUGCAUUUGAGGUUUGUUCCAACAGAAUCUGUCAUUAUUUUAUUGUAAUAGUGAAGUUAACCUUUUCUAACGAUAACGUUUUUAUGUCUCAACUCCUCAAAUUGCGCGCAGAGCAGACACUACUAAAACGAGAGUAUCAGUGAACACUGAUUCUGGAAAAUGAGUGCUCAGUUUGUCGCGCGCAGCAUUGCGGUACCACGUGCCGUUAGCAGCAUUUUAGCCAAAUACUGUUGUACUAGCUGUCUAGUCUGUUUUUAUAAAUGUGCAACAGUAAACAUAAAACACAAUUAUAUAAGGAAUUGGCAACUCAGUCUUAUUCUGAUAAAUAAGGUAGGCCACUUGAUUUCAACAUCUGAACAAAGUGGACAGGCUAACAUGCUGUUCAAACAGUUAGGGACGGACAGAAGGGUGUGUUCAUAACAAUUCAACUGUUCUGCCUUGUUAGAUAGCAAUUAGAUCCAAGUUGGCUAAACUUUAAAUAUAAGAUUAGCUGGCUACUCACAAGCAGGUGGUCUUGUGCUUGAGAGAUUGUUUAUAUACUGAGCUGAAAUAAAAGAUCGCAGACAUUUUCCAUGUGCACAAAAAGCGUAUUUCUCAAAUUUUGUGCACAAAUUUGUUUACAUCCCUGUUGUUAAUUAGCAUUUCUCCUUUGCCAAGAUAAUCCAUCCACCUGACAGGUGUGGCAUAUCACGCAGCUGAUUAAACAGCAUUAUCAUUACACAGGUGCACCUUGUGCUGGGGACAAUAAAAGGCCACUAAAAUGUGCAGUUUAGUCACACAACACAAUGCCACAGAUGUCUCAAUUUGCGGGAGCGUGCAGUUGGCAUGCUCACUGCAGGAAUGUCCACUAGAGCUGUUGCCAAACAAUUGAAUGUUCAUUUCUCUACCAUAAGCCGCCUCCAAUGUUGUUUUAGAUAAUUUGGCAGUACGUCCAACCGGCCUCACAACCGCACUGUAACCACGCCAGACUAGGACCUCCACAUCCGGCUUCUUCACCUGCAGGAUCGUCUGAGGCCAGCCACCUGGACAUCUGAUGAAACUGUGGGUUUCCACAACUGAAGAAUUUCUGUACAAACUGUCAAAAACCGUUUCAGGGAAGCUCAUCUGCGUGCUCCUCGUCCUCACCAGGGUCUUGACCUGACUGCAGUUUGGCAUUGUAACCGACGUCAGUGGGCAAAUGCUCACCUUAAAUGGCCACUGGCAUUCUGAAGAAGUGUGCUCUUCAUGGAUGAAUCCUGUUUCAACUGUACCGGGCAGAUGGCAUACAGCGUGCAUGGUGUCGUGUGGGUGAGCAGUUUGCUGAUGUCAAUGUUGUGAACAGAGUGCCCCAUGGUGGGGAUAUGGUAUGGGCAGGCAUAAGCUACGGACAACAAAAACAAUUAGCAUUUUAUCGAUGGCAAUUUCCUAGAGCUGGCCGCCCGGCCAAACUGAGGAGAAGGGCCUUGGUCAGAGAGGUGACCAAGAACCCGAUGGUCACUCUGACAGAGCUCCAGAGUUCCUCUGUGGAGAUGGGUGAACCUUCCAGAAGGACAACCGUCUCUGCAGCACUCCACUAAUUAAGCCUUUAUGGUAGAGUGGCCAGACGGAAGCCACUCCUCAGUAAAGGCACAUGACAACUCGCUUGGAGUUUGCCAAAGGGCACCUAAAGGGGACUCUAACCAUGAGAAACAAGAUUUUCUGGUCUGAUGAAACCAAGAUUGUGCUCUUUGGCCUGAAUGCCAAGCGUCAUAUCUGGAGGAUACCUGGUACCAUCCCUACGGUGAAGCGUGGUGGCAGCAUCAUGCUGUGGGGAUGUUUGUCAGCGGCAGGGAGACUAGGCAGGAUCGAGAGAAAGAUGAACGGAGCAAAGUACAGAGAUCCUUGAUGAAAACCUGCUCCAGAGUGCUCAGGACUUCCCGACUGGGGCGAAGGUUCAUCUUCCAACAGGACAACGACCCUAAGCACACAGCCAAGACAACGCAGUAGUGGCUUCGGGACAAGUCUCUGAAUGUCCUUGAGUGGCCCAGCCAGAGCCCGUACUUGAACCCGAUCGAACAUCUCUGGAGAGACCUGAAAAUAGCUGUGCAGCAACGCUCCCUAUCCAACCUGACAGAGCUUGAGAGGAUCUGCAGAGAAGAAUGGGAGAAACUCCCCAAAUAUAGGUGUGCCAAGCUUGUAGUGUCAUACUCAAGAACACUCAAGGCUGUAAUCGCUGCCAAAGGUGCUUCAACAAAGUACUGAGUAAAGGGUCUGAAUACUUAUAUAAAUGUCAAAUCUUUUUUUUAUUCUUUAUUUUUAUUUUAGCAACCAUUUCUAAAAAACAGUUUUUGCUUUGUCAUUAUGGGGUAUUGUGUGUAGAUUGAUGAGGGGAAAAAAAAUUUUUUUUUAUCAAUUUUUGUUAAGGCUGUAAAGUCAAGGGGUCUGAAUACUUUCCGAAGGCACUGUAUCUCUGUUAUGCGUGGGAAUACAUUGGAACAGAUUUCCAAAAUGUAAACCACUCUGAGCUGAUUUGCUGGUGUUUUUAGUAUUUUAUGUCCCCCCCCCCCCCCCCCCAAAAUAAAAUCACCCACAGGCCAAAUUCAGGCAGGCUAAACCCAGUCUGGCCAUGUAACUGACUGUUGAACUCACUUUCUCACGCCCCGUCAAUCACAACCUCUUCCCGUUUCUCUUUUCUUUGGUCCAGCUUCCUCUUCCCUCUGUUCCCUGUUAGAGCUGCUUCAUCCUCCUGGGAGGUCCCUAAUUCCUAUAUGUAACACCACUAAUAGGAUAUAAUGUCUCUCUCUGCUCAUCUCUGGACAUACAGUGCCAGAGGAUCUUUGGUUGUCAAAGGAAAUUAGGCAGUGAGAUUGAAAAGGGGUUAGGUGUGUUACCUCUGGUGUGCAUUACUUCAGUAGUUUUUUUUAAUUGACAGGGACAGAUGGUGUGAUCGUUAUGUCACUACAGAGCCAAUAACAGGAACAAUCAUCAGGGUGUUCUUCUUGUCUUGUGGCUAUUCGCUUAUGCUAAUUUCCCAAACACCUGUCCCUAUAAUAUGAGUAGCAACACAUGCAACCUGUCUGAUACAGCCUUGUUCACACACAUGGGAAGGAUAAAGACUGCGCCAGACCACUGCUAACCAACCACUCUCUCUCAUUGCAGUGAUGGAGGCCAUGGCUGUGAGUACCUCUGUGGUGGGGCCUGAUGAGUUCGACCGCAACGCGCCGCGCAUCUGUGGCGUCUGCGGGGACAAGGCCACAGGCUUCCACUUCAAUGCCAUGACCUGCGAGGGCUGCAAGGGCUUCUUCAGGUGGGUACUCACCAGGACAGGGCAGGUACACUAUACAUGGGAUGGGAUUGGGCUGGAGGGUCCAGUUUGACUUGGAACAGGAAGGGUUGUCCGGGGCUGUCUUCAUUUUUAUUUCCGGUUGCUUGCCCUAAUGAACACAAUGUAGUGGAGUAGCCUGUGGGGCUCCGGGGCUUAUUAGGGCUCUAUACUUCCUGCACAGAGGAGAACAUACCACACUAUCCGGGAAUAAAAACAAUGUGGUCUUUUGGGCAAUACUAAAAUAAUAAAAAAAUUAUGCAAAUCUGACAGCCUCCGAUCCAAGCCAAACUAAACCAACCUCAACCUGGUUGUGCUGUCCAUAUGGAAGCGUAUUACCUAGAAGCUUUUUAAAGCUAGUGCAAGCUGGUCUUUUGAGCAGGAAUGGGAGAAUGUGAGUAUUUUUGUUUAAAGACAAGAAAUUGGCCUAGAGGGGGUAACUUCAUUAAUGUAGCCAAGAUCUGUCGUUUGUGGCUGUUAUUUUACAGCAGAAGAUGUCAGAAACCACAGCCUUGUUAUAAACUUGUUAACCGUAAACCAGUUUAGUCGAUCAUAGAAACAAGUGCUCGCGAUCAGUGCAGUUGCGUGAGUCCAACGCCACUGUGUAUAUCUUUACAAGUACAGGUCAAAUAGAGUUUUCCAUAGACGACCGUUUCGCUGCUGAAUUCAAAGCUGAGCUGUUUCCCUUCAAUUUUUUUCCCUUUGAUUUCUUGAAACCAUGAAGAACAUCAAGAAAACAUAUAAAACACUGUACGGUUCUAGGUUUAUACCUAUAGGGUUCAUAGUGAUCGAAGUACUCCUACUGCAGGGCAGAAGCACCCUAUCAAAAGGGUUGGCCAUAUCAUAUCUCAGUCUAGGUAACUUUAUGCAGCUUCUUAAAAUGUAACCGAUGUAUAUGGAUGAGAGAAAGUGUCUACAGGAAAGAAGGGGGAAAAAAUGCCAGACUGUCUUUCUCAGGCAUUAUGCUGUUCUCAUUAAACUCAACCCCUCACUCGUCACUCUUGAGUCUCCCGAGUGGCGCAGUGGUCUAAGGCUGUGCCACUAGAGAUCCUGGUUCGAAUCCAGGCUCUGUCGUAGCCGGCCGUGACCGGGAGACCCAUGGGGCGGCGCACAAUUGGCCCAGCGUCGUCCAAGGUAGGGGAGGGAUUGAAAAAUCUAAAAAAUAACGUAUGCACUCGCUAACUGUAAGUCGCUCUGGAUAAGAGCGUCUGCUAAAUGACUAAAAUAUAAAUGUAAAUGUUAAGUCAGCUGUCCUCUCAUGUCUAGUAGUGUAGUUUUCUAAUUCCGUUUGUGUGUCUACAAAUGUAAUCCAGCUGAGUAAUAAUCCCAUCUGCCUCCCUUUUUGCAAAAAAUUCCAGUGUAUGCAGCAAGGUUUUAAUGUCUCUGUGUAUAUAUGAAUGUGCCAGUGAGCCAGGUUUUAAUAUCUCUGCCCCCACCAGACGCAGCAUGAAGCGUAAGGCAAGUUUCACCUGCCCCUUCAACAGCAGCUGCACCAUCACCAAGGACAACCGGCGGCACUGCCAGGCCUGCCGGCUCAAACGCUGCGUGGACAUCGGCAUGAUGAAGGAGUGUGAGUGCUCAGAGACUGAUUGCUAAAUGGUCAUAAAUAAAGUAACUUCAGCACUUUAAGUGCUGGGCUCAUGCUGGCUAAAGACUAUUUACAUGUAGGCCUAAUGUGAAGAGCAGUACAGUACAAUCUCCACUGUACAGCAUGUUACUACCUUCUGUUUUACUGUACAUUCAUGAAUAGUCAUCGUUGCCUGGACAUGCUCUUUAUGUUGUCUGUAUUUGGGUUGCAUUCAGCCAGAAAAUAGACCAGGGUUGUACUGUUUUACAUUCUUUUUUUCUUUUCUUUUUUUAUCUUUUUUUUGGGGGGGAUGGAUCAGCUUAAUAUUGCAGAUAGAUUGUAUCUUCUAUCAAUGUAAUUGUCUGCAUCACUUCCAAUCCCCCAUGUUCUUUAUAUAUAUACUCCCUUUUAUUACUUUUCAACUCCGCCAUCCUUUCCCUACUUGGAGUAAAUUAGUGAACAACAAUGCCCAGGCCUGUUGUACAUUCUUUACCGAAUUAGAAAAUAUGUGGUUGUUUCAGAAUAUUUAGAAAAAUUAACUAGCUAAAUCAUAUUAAUCCUGCUUUAUGAAAUACCCUCCACUUUACUGUGCUGGAACACCAACAAAUCAGCAUGGUUAUGAAAAUAAACAAGCUGUUCAUUUUGAGGUGACAGAAAGAGGGAGGGGACAGAAAUUAAGACCAGUCCAACAAUGACACUCUAUCUCCGGCCUGUUACACAAUGGUCCGACACAGAUUUAAAUCACCAGCAGGAGGAGAGUGGAGCUGCUGCCAUGUAGCCUAGCCUGCAAACAGUCACAAGCCUAAAUGAGCCCCCUGGAAAAGAAAAAAGGAUCCAAACCGCUAAAAUGGCCUCUUUGUCUACACAAGUGCUAUAGGCCACUGAGUCAUGGAUGAGGCAGGAGCUGCCUGGCGCUGCAUGCCCCAGUCAUGUGGAGCUCACUCAUGUAAAAACGAUGUGGCACGAAACAUUUCAGGCAGAUGUGUGGAAUGAGACUUGCGAUUGGAUCAGCGCGGCGACUGAGCAGUUGUCGAGCUGUGCUAAGCUUGAUGUGGACACAAGCGGAAGCGGUUAUGUAAAGUAGAAUGUUGAUGUUCUUUAAAGUUUGCCUGUUGGGCCUCUUUUUUUGGACUGUUACAGUAUGUGACUCAAAUAGCACUGUAUGUUCGCAUGAAUAAAUCAUGUUAAAUGCUACACGGAGAUGUUUUGCACAGCUCUGUGUGUUAAUGACAGUAAUGACAGUUGACGUUGAUGACCUGUGGGUGUAGUCUUAACACUGUAAUUGGUCAAUCCAAAGCCUUGCCCCUACAGUUUUUUUUGUUGCUUCUUCAAAGCACCCCUGCCAUGCUGAGGAUCCAGCCACGUUGUCCACAGUUGUUAGUGUGAGUGCCAAGACAACAGAGCAGGCCUGCCCACUCUGCGCAGCCUGCCAAAUCAGUGAGCAGUACACAAUUACCCAUGCUCCCUUAAGCUACAGGGUUACCAGGAAAGCAGCAAGGAAUAGCGCCUCUGUGCUCAUUCUGCAUGGAGGUGCCUCCUACCUUACUUUCUCUGAGUAAUAGAGGGGUAGUUGUAGUGAUAUUGAUGAUAUCCUAAAGUCGAGGUCCGCGCCCCACGGAAAUCUAAUUAGCAUAAAAAAAAUCCCAUAAAUCUGUCAGGUUAAGCUAGAGAAAUAUUAUUUUGCAUUGGAUGCGCUGAUGUCGCACGUCUGCGGUGAAAGGUGACAGAGCUAGAGCAGUGUUUGUCAGAAUAUGAGACUUCCCGAAAAUCGGUUUGGCCUACAAACUAUUAUGACCUCUCUGUAAACUAGCCUUUAAGCUAUGACUACGCUGUGUUGUAUGCCAUUGCCUCUUGAGUAAAUCUGAGUUGAAGAAACGUUGUAGGCUAUUCCGUUAGAACAACUAGAGCCUAUGCACACGUUGUAAUCAAAAUUCUAAGGUUAAUUGGUUCAUUCCAAACUAUCCUUUUGUGAGGCGCAGCUGGGAACUAGUUCUGUACGAUGGCGAGUGGUGUGGUCUAUAAAACAUAAUUGGAGGAUCCUCCAUUGUUUUAAAUCUCCUGUUUGGGAACAUUUUGGCUUCACAGUAGAUUACAACGGCGAUGGACAGAGUUGUGGAUAAAACGUUAACAGUAUGUCACCACUGCUCAACGACAAUAUCCUAUGCAGUGGCUUGUUGUUGUCGGCCAAUCACAAGUCCUCAAAGCGACACUACAGUCAUAGAGCCUCCGUGUGUGGCAAAGCAAGUUAGGAGAUGAUCUAAUCAAUGGAAAAUGGCGUUAAAAUGAGAAGGAUAGGCUACAAGAGCCAACAGGUACGCUGCUACUUAAUAACCUGAAUGGAAGUGUUGUUAUUUGGAACUGUAGGACAGGGAGAAAGCGCAUGCAGCCUGAGUUAGCCAAGAUAGCGUAGCUAGCUAGCUUCUCUCGGUUUGAUGCAGUCAAGACAGGUACUACGUAAUCAUAUUGAAUGAUAAAUAACCUAGCUGUGACAAACUAGAAGUUAGUACACUAGCGUGAGUCUGCUUGGUAUGGUUGGUUGCUGUCUCUCUCUCCCUCCCUCCUUGCUCCUGUAUCACUCGCUCACAGUACUCACACCGCAAGGCCCCUCCUACACCUGCUAGAGCGUCUCUCUCUUGCGUUUUAUCAGCUCUGUUAAUAAAGUAGCUUACAAAUUCACUUCUCUGCUGCUUCCCUAACUCUGAUCUGACCAGGUCUAUACGGAAAUGGUUGAGUUGUCCUCGGGUCCGUUCAGAACUGGUCUCUCCCUCUCUUUCUCUCUCCUCUUUCUCUCCUUCUCGCGCUCCUCUUUAUCUUGCCUUCUCUCCUCUUGCUUUCUCUCUCUUCAUCUCUUCUCUCUCGACUUCUCUUUCUUUCUUCUCUUUCUCUCUACUCUUUCGCUCCUCUAUUUUCUCUCGCUCUCCUUCUCCCCUUACCCUCUCCUUUCUCUCCUUUUCUUUCUCCUAGCUCUACUUCUUUCUCUCUCCUAUUUCUCUCUCAUCCCUCUCUCUCUUCUCUCGUUCUCUUUCCUCUCUUUUGCUCGUUCUUUCUCUCUUUCUUUGCGCGCUCUUUUCUCUUUCUCCUUCCUCUCUCACUCCUUCUCUUUCUCUCGCUCUUUCUCUCUACUUCUCCCCUUUCUCUCGCCCUCUCCCCCUUUAUCCUUUCUAUCCUUUUCUCCUCUUUCUCUCGGCUCUCUUCUUUCCUCUCUCCUUCCUUUCUCUCUCCUCUUCUCUCUCGGCUCUCUUCUUUCCUCUCUCCUCUUCUCUCUCCUUCUUUCUUUGUCUCCUCUAUCUCCUUCUCUUUAUCUCUUUCUCUCUCAUUCCUCUUUCUCCUCUUUUUCUCUCCUCUCUUGCCUUCUCAUUCUUUCUCCUCUCUCCUUUCUUUUUCUCUCUCCUUUCUCUCUCCUUCCUAUUUCCUCUCUUCUCUCUCUCGCCUUCUCCCUCUCUCUCUCCUUCUUUCGUUCUUUCUCCUCUCUCUCACCCUGCAGCUCAGUCCUCUGCCAUGUCGAUCCAGGCAUGAGGCUAAUGAAUAAAUGUGGAGACAUUUGUGGUAAACAGCUCGAUUUUUCUGGUCUCCGCCGGCUGUCUGUCACCUCACCGCUGUGCCAACCAAACAAAAAGGCACUGUGAAAUACUAUCCAGAAAGCACAGCAGACGAUUGCUGGUUAACUCUGGAAAAUGACCACAUGCUAGCCUGGCUGCGGCGGCGGUCCUUCUGACAAUGCCAUGCUAGAUGGGCUACUCGGUGUCCCGUUCUGGCCUGAUGUCAGCCAACCAGCAGUAGUAAAACAAGAUUCUAUCUUAGAGUAAAGCUGGUCCACCUCUAGUUCUGAACAGUGUGGCUGUAUAUUGUCUCCAUUGUGGAUAAAUCCUUAAAUAUGACAAUAGAUUAAAUCAAAUGUGGGCGGCAGCGGCACAGCUCAAUAGGUACAGUGGGGGGAAAAAAGUAUUUAGUCAGCCACCAAUUGUGCAAGUUCUCCCACUUAAAAAGAUGAGAGAGGCCUGUAAUUUUCAUCAUAGGUACACGUCAACUAUGACAGACAAAAUUAGAAUUUUUUUCCCAGAAAGUCACAUUGUAGGAUUUUUUAUGAAUUUAUUUGAAAAUUAUGGUGGAAAAUAAGUAUUUGGUCAAUAACAAAAGUUUCUCAAUAAUUUGUUAUAUAUCCUUUGUUGGCAAUGACACAGGUCAAACGUUUUCUGUAAGUCUUCACAAGGUUUUCACACACUGUUGCUGGUAUUUUGGCCCAUUCCUCCAUGCAGAUCUCCUCUAGAGCAGUCAUGUUUUGGGGCUGUCGCUGGGCAACACGGACUUUCAACUCCCUCCAAAGAUUUUCUAUGGGGUUGAGAUCUGGAGACUGGCUAGGCCACUCCAGGACCUUGAAAUGCUUCUUACGAAGCCACUCCUUCGUUGCCCGGGCGGUGUGUUUGGGAUCAUUGUCAUGCUGAAAGACCCAGCCACGUUUCAUCUUCAAUGCCCUUGCUGAUGGAAGGAGGUUUUCACUCAAAAUCUCACGAUACAUGGCCCCAUUCAUUCUUUCCUUUACACAGAUCAGUCGUCCUGGUCCCUUUGCAGAAAAACGGCCCCAAAGCAUGAUGUUUCCACCCCCAUGCUUCACAGUAGGUAUGGUGUUCUUUGGAUGCAACUCAGCAUUCUUUGUCCUCCAAACACGACGAGUUGAGUUUUUACCAAAAAGUUCUAUUUUGGUUUCAUCUGACCAUAUGACAUUCUCCCAAUCCUCUUCUGGAUCAUCCAAAUGCACUCUAGCAAACUUCAGACGGGCCUGGACAUGUACUGGCUUAAGCAGGGGGCACGUCUGGUACUGCAGGAUUUGAGUCCCUGGCGGCGUAGUGUGUUACUGAUGGUAGGCUUUGUUACUUUGGUCCCAGCUCUCUGCAGGUCAUUCACUAGGUCCCCCUGUGUGGUUCUGGGAUUUUUGCUCACCGUUCUUGUGAUCAUUUUGACCCCACGGGGUGAGAUCAUGCGUGGAACCCCAGAUCGAGGGAGAUUAUCAGUGGUCUUGUAUGUCUUCCAUUUCCUAAUAAUUGCUCCCACAGUUGAUUUAUUCAAACCAAGCUGCUUACCUAUUGCAGAUUCAGUCUUCCCAGCCUGGUGCAGGUCUACAAUUUUGUUUCUGGUGUCCUUUGACAGCUCUUUGGUCUUGGCCAUAGUGGAGUUUGGAGUGUGACUGUUUGAGGUUGUGGUACAGGUGUCUUUUAUACUGAUAACAAGUUCAAACAAGUGCCAUUAAUACAGGUAACGAGUGGAGGACAGAGGAGCCUCUUAAAGAAGUUACAGGUCUGUGAGAGCCAGAAAUAUUGCUUGUUUGUAGGUGACCAAAUACUUAUUUUCCACCAUAAUUUGCAAAUAAAUUCAUAAAAAAUCCUACAAUGUGAUUUUCUGGAUUUUUUUCCCCUCAAUUUAUCUGUCAUAGUGGACGUGUACCUAUGAUGAAAAUUACAGGCCUCUCUCAUCUUUUUAAGUGGGAGAACUUGCACAAUUGGUGGCUGACUAAAUACUUUUUUCCCCCACUGUAGCUACUAGCUAGCAUAUAAUACGAACCAGCUGCCUGGUUGUGGUUAGUCAGCUCCCAAAGUAUUUUGGUUUUAUCACCUACGUUUCCUUCAAUCUGCUGUUCAGUGAAGACUAUUGGCAAAUGAUAGACACAAACAUUAAAUGUAUUCUACCACAGCUGCUGUUAAUGGCAGGCAAACUUGGUUUAGCAGGAAUUCGAUCUGUCCGUGUGUGAAACAGGCAACAUUUGUUUUACUGUUGCGUAAUACAUUUUCUGACAAGGGUGGUAAAAGCAAUUUUUUGCUAAUGAAGUGUGCAGGAGUUUCUAGAAAACAUCAGGCAAGACAGGAUUGUCCUGCCAUGAAGCUGAUUCACAUUUUGUGAUGGGGAUCAAUACAGUUGCAUAUUGGGGUAUUAUCUUUGACAAUAUAUUGUAUCGUUUUGACUAUCACUAUCAUUUUUGUGCUAGUUGGCUGUACUGGCACCAAAACUCCAGUAUUUUUCCUUCCAUAGCUUGUUUCUCAUCAUAUUAAAUAGAGCCAAUUUGCCAGUCUGUUCUUUCGACCAAUCGAUUGGUCUACAUUUUUAAACGUAUUUUUCCCUAUAUAGACACACACCCUAUGUGUUGUUAAUAAAAUCAACUAUAUAUAGGCUACUGAGCUUGUCUGCACACUGUGAUUUAAAUAAUGAAGACCAACAAAUUACUCGGGAGCCAGAGAUCAAGAUAGCCUAACCAGAAGAAGAGAAAAAACAAAUCUGACCCGCUUCCUCCCGCUGCUGCUGGCCUUCGCAGACUCUGCUGUUACGCUCCUGAAGUUUCCACUAGGUAAUAGGCUACACCAGGGGUCGGCAACCUUUUUCCAUUUGGAGUGCCAAUUUAUCUUACCAUUUCUACCGAUCUGCGUGCCAGUUAUAAUUUUCAUAUGCACAUUUUCGUGGAACAGAUUAAUUUAAUUUAUAAUAAAGUAUUCGUAUCUCAAUCAUUAUCGUGUGGUUAAUCAAAAUUCAAAAAGUUACUUCUAUUGUCAUUUCAAACUAUGUAAAAAUAGCCUACAUAAAGCCAACAAAUAAAAACAUUGCAGCCUGCAGGUAAAGAAUAUCUUUAUAAAAAUAAAUAUCCUAUAAAUCACAUUGGCUACACAUGGCCUGAAACAUAGAACUUGAAACAUUGUAUCAACUAUUAACUUGGGUCUGGCCUGAAGCUGGUGCUAGCAAACUUGUAUAAAAUAUUCUGGGCCCUCAGUUUCCUGCACCAGACAGACACAGCUGUAGGCUAUUUGCGCAAGGGAUAAGAAGUAAUCAGGUAGGCCUAUUUUUAUGACGUUUCCACCGGAUCACAGCAUGACAUUUUUUUCCCCUUUCACGCAGAGUGGACUGUAAUAAUAUAUUGAAUGCAUUAACAGAAAUGACGGUAACCAAACAAACAUUGUAGAUUAGAAAUGAUGGGAAUUAAGGGUAAAUGUACUACUAGUGAUGCUGGUGUGCCAGCCCCGCGGCCUCCGCAUUGGAUUAGUCCACUGAGACAGGCGUGAAUCAGACGGGUGUCUCGUGUGCCAUAAAAAAAAAAAAGAGAAAAUAUAUAUGUUUGCGACUGCUUGACUAAAAAAAUAUUGUUCGACCAACAGCCAAUCGACCAGUUGACUAAAUGGAGUCAGCCCCAGCCCUUGUUUAGCCUCGGUCUCGUACAUUUCUAAUUUGAUUUGAUUUAUCUAUUGCUUUGUGCAUCAUCUUCUAGUGCAGGGGUAUCAACUCAUUCCAUGGAGGGCCUAGUGUCGGCUGUUUUAAGACCUAGACAUCCAGGUGAGGGCAGUUCCUUAUUAAUUAGUGACCUUAAUUCAUCAAUCAAGUACAAGGGAGGAGGAAAAACCCGCGGACACUCGGCCCUCUGUGGAAUGAGUUUGACACGUUUUAUUGGCAUGUAAAUUGACUGGUUUGUCAGAUUUAGUUUGAGAAACAGCAUGGCUCAGAUUACACUCUGCAGCACUUGUGGCGCUAAUGGUUUUCUCCUUGGAAGAUUAUAAACCUACACAUUCUAGAGUCUCUCAUAGCUAGCUGCUGUUUGUGUGAAGAAAACUAUCAGCAAGUGAUAGAAACUCACUUAUCGACCACUGUUGUCAGUAGAUCUGAGGCUCCUGUGUGAGGCAAUCAGGCUAGCUGUGUUCUUCCUUCUCUCUCUCCCACCCCUCCUCUUCUCACCCGUCUCCCCCUCGCCUCCCUCUCUCCCCCAGUCAUCCUGACAGAUGAGGAGGUGCAGAGGAAGAAGGACCUGAUCCAGAAGCGGAAGGAGGAGGAGGCGGCGCGGGAGGCCCUGAGACCCAGGCUGAAUGAAGAGCAGAGCCAGGUCAUCGCCUCAUUGGUGGAGGCCCACCACAAGACCUAUGACGACUCCUACUCUGACUUCUCACGCUUCAGGGUCAGUACUGCUCAAACUAGCCGAGCCGCUCACAUUCUCACUUUUUUUGCAAUAUUGCUUUUAUAUACAAAAUCACAGAUAUGCAUGACGUUAAUGUAAUGUUUUACAAUUCUCACUUAAAGUGAUUAUGGGUCUGUUUUAUCAAUCACUUCUAUGUGCACUUUCCAAGACAAAUCAAAAUAUGUUCUUGUGUUAUGUUAGUUGUAUGUGUUGUGUGUUUGCAGCCCCCGGUGCGAGAGGGUCCAGUAACACGCAGUGCCAGUCGUGCAGCCUCCCUUCACUCUCUGUCAGAUGCCUCCUCAGACUCCUUCAACCACUCACCA